ACAAAUAUCGUAGUUAAGAUGUAUAGUCCAGAACAGAAGCUUUAUUUGCCACUCGCAGUCUUCAUCUCUGCGCCUUCUCUUACCAAAGCAAAACGGCAUCGAAUUCGAUUCUCUAAUCACCAUCCAACUUUAGAUCGUGAUUCCAUAAAGCUUCCAUGUCUCGCUAUCGCUCUCUUAUCACUCUACAACUCAUAUCCACCAUCAACGGGUAAUCUUAACACACAAAUUCGAAUAUUUGGAUUAAUGUAUUGCAAAAUAACAUCAAAAUGCGAGGCAAUUGUAGUUUGUUCAGUAUUUGAUUUUGUUUAAUCGAUACAAAAAAAAUCAUGCCACAGCCAGAACUUUCGCUCGGUAACGCUCUUCGAAGCAUUUGUAUGUGUUGAGUAGUUCAGAAAUUGAUGGUUUUCUUCAUUUACUUGACGUGAUUGUGAUACUUUUCGUGCAUUCUAUGCUUUCUUUGGCGUAACUCAAUCGAGAUCGUUUCCGUGUAUUUGCUUUAUUGCUAUGCUACUUUUUAUCCGUAUCGGAAAUUCUACUCACUAAGAUGGAUUUUGGCUCAGGUAUACCUGGAGAUGGAAGAUGCCUGUUCCGGUCUGUGGUUCAUGGUGCCUGUCUAAGAGCAGGACAGUCAUCUCCAAGUGAAAGCCGUGAAAGAGAACUUGCUGAUGAGCUCAGAUUGAAAGUUGCAGAAGAAUUUAUCAAAAGGCGAGUGGACACCGAAUGGUUCCUUGAAGGUGAUUUUGACACAUAUGUUUCACAGAUGCGACAGCCUCACGUAUGGGGAGGAGAACCUGAGCUGAUCAUGUCAUCACAUGUCCGACGGGUUCCUAUCACGGUUUACAUGCGGGAUAAGAAGACUAGUUGCCUUAAAACUAUAGCUGAAUAUGGUCAAGAGUAUGGCAAGGAAGGCCCAAUUCGUGUUUUGUAUCAUGGUUAUGGGCAUUAUGAUGCAUUGCAGGAGCAGGGUCCUUCUGUUGGCCCUCAACCCAAAUUGAAGAAGAAAAGAUGAAAGGUUAUGCACCAAGAAAUAUUGUCAUUUAUGAGCAUCUUGAACUAAAUUCUUCAGGCAGGUGCGAAGUGAUGACAUAAGGGUUCCUUGUAUUUGUAACCGUAUGACAACAUACUCAAGUUAUU